UCGUGUGAAUUAGUCAGCCAAACGAAAGUGUUGAAACGUGAGAGAGUAUCCACCGUGGUACGUUCGCGAAGAUCUAGCCUCGAAAUCAGUUUUCGCAGGUUCUACUUGUCUAGCCCGAAUGUUCUCGAAUUUUAAUGUUGAAGGAAGUCACGCUUAUAAAGUAAAGCGCACAUUUUUGUACAUGACCUCACAGAUCGCUACGAGCUUUCACAACACGAUAACAAUGCCAACCGCUUCCUCUAUGACCACUGUUAAGACGCAAGUCUGCAAAAGUGGGACACAGCAAGCUCGAGUGGUUCGCGAAAGACCUACCGCAACUCUGUCGACCUGGUUAUGUAUAAUGCUAACCCACGUUGAUUUCUGUAUGAUCAGACAAAUACACUGUUUUUCGGUGACUCUUCGUAGCGGCAUUGUUUACAGUUAGUAACGUCCGACAUAUAUCUUAAGUCAACUGUACUAUUAGGCAUUGAUUGGUGACAAAAAGGCAAUA